UUAGAGUCAUUAAUUUCAUUGGUUAUUUCGGAAGUUGUCACAUGUAUUCAUUUAUGACGCAAGAUUGCAAUUUUCCUUUUGACCUGCUGCAAUAAUAGACUUAAAUUACGGUUACUUGGAAUUUAUUAAAUAAAAAUUGUUAAGCACGUCAACUACUGAAGUUAAAAGAUCAGUAUGAAAUAAUAUUCAGUGCGGUCGCCUAAUUUUCUUUAAAGUUACCACAUUUAUUAAGCUGGUUAAUAUUAAUAUGGCUUUAAAUAUAGUAACAAAACUUUUGAUACGGAGGAGUGCACGGAGACUAGUGUUAGAUUGCUCUCACCAACAUCUCUCAGAAGUGACUUCUUUCAACAUUAUCAAAACUAUCAGUGUUCCGUAUUCAACAAGCAGUCUGAAACAAAAUUUAUUCACAUUAAAGUUUAAACCACAUUUGCAAAGGUUUUUUGCAACCGUUCCAGCACAGAAGGGUGAUAUAGCUAACUAUCGUAAUGAAAACAACAUUACAGUGAUUGGAGAAGAUAUUCCUGAUCCUUACACAGAGAUAGACCAGAGCAAAUUUCCUGAAUAUGUCAAAUCAUUUCUUAAAGACCAGGGUUUUUCUAAACCAACUGUGAUACAGUCUCAAGGAUGGCCUAUUGCAAUGAGUGGACAAAAUUUUGUGGGUAUUGCACAAACUGGCACUGGAAAGACAUUGGCUUAUUUACUACCAGCUGUAGUGCAUAUUAAAGAGAAAAAGGCAAGAAAGGGUCGUGGUCCCAUAGUAUUAGUUCUAGCACCAACUAGAGAACUUGCUCGUCAGAUUGAACAGGUUGCCAAAGAUUUUGAAAGGGCUUUAAAUAUUCGUUGUCUUUGUAUAUAUGGAGGAGCUAGUCGGUCAGUACAAGCACAAAAACUUAAUGAAGGAGUUGAUAUACUAAUUGCUACUCCAGGCAGAUUAAAUGACUUCAUUGUCAGUAAAACAACAUCUCUGCAUCGGACCACAUAUGUUGUAUUAGAUGAAGCAGACAGGAUGUUGGACAUGGGAUUUGAACCUCAAAUUCGGCAAGCUUUGGAGGGUGUGCCACUUGAAAGGCAGAUAUUGAUGUUCUCUGCCACAUGGCCUAAGGAGGUCAGACACUUAGCUAAAGACUACUUGGGAGAGUUUGUCCAAGUGAAUGUAGGGUCGACAGAGCUCUCAGCAAACCAUAACAUAACACAACGUAUCCACAUUUGUGACCAGGAUGAUAAAAUGAACCUGUUUAAAUCUAUCAUACAUGAUAUAUCUGGUGAGGGAUUUGGCAAAAUGUUAAUAUUUACUAAUACCAAGAGGUUUGUCGACACCUUAGCUUUGACACUGAGGCAAAAUGGCUGGCCCGCGGAUGGCAUUCAUGGUGAUAAAACACAGUUGCAAAGAGACAGAAUUAUUGGGAAAUUUAAACAUGGCCAGACCAAUAUCUUAGUUGCUACUGAUGUUGCUGCCAGAGGUUUGGAUGUUGAUGGUGUAACACAUGUGAUUAACUAUGAUUUUCCGAACACAUCUGAGGACUAUAUACAUAGGAUAGGCCGCACUGGACGACAUGACAAAAAAGGUGUCUCACAUACUAUACUUACUGAGGAGAAUGCAAGACAAGCAAAGAGUUUGAUUGAGGUUCUUAAGGAGGCCAAUCAGGAUAUUCCAAAGGAACUCAGUGAUCUUGCACGUUCAUACAACGAAUUGAAAGAUAAAGAAAGGCAAGCGAAAUGGAAACCCAAGCCCUAUGGCAAACAAUAUAACAGACAAUAUAACAACCAGUAUGGCAGCCAAUACAACAACCAGUACGACAACCAGUAUGGCGGGAACAAGCGCUUUAACCGACACAGAAGUAUCAGGAAUAGAUAUGAGGAUUAUUAAAUAGAAUAAUUGUUUUAUUAGUGAUCAGGAUGUAGUAUAAGUAGUUAAUAUAAUUAUGUUACUGCA